UGUCGUUCGUUCCUGUCGGCGCCUCUUUAGGGAUUGCACAGGCUGAAACGGAUGUUGUGCGAAUGUCAAAGAUGGCGUUUCACAUGUCAAGGCGACUAUUUGUUUCAUAAUCUACUUCUGGGCAUUUUCCUCGAUGCCGCACCGCUUGACUGGACGGUAACACAUCGACUGGAGUUUGCUUGUAGUUUAUGAAGACGGAGAGAUGGCGGCUUUAGGAGAAAUAGGUCGACACGUCCGGCUGCUGUUCGGUCAAGUUCAGCGGUGCCGUCCGGCGGGCCAGCAGUACCUAACGACUCGGGGUGUGAGCCGGGCCGCCGCCGAGCCGCAGCCCGCGGAGGAGGAGCCGCAGCCCGGAGCCGUGAGCCCGGCCUUCGUCAACAGGAACCCGCGGAACCUGGAGCAGAUGGCGCUGGCAGUGAAGGAGAGAGGCUGGAAGACAAGCUGGCCGCACAAGGAGUUCUACCACAGGUUGGUGUUUUCUCGCUCGCAGCACCACGUGACCGCUGAAGUGUUCUCCAGCAGCUCCCCGGUCCCGGUGUUGUCCUGCUCCACCAAGGAGUGGGCCGUGAAGCAGGAGCUGGCCUCCACAAACUGCGUGGCGGCGUGUCAGGCCGUGGGCGAGGUGCUGGCACACCGAUGCCAUCAAGCCGGCAUCACCAGGAUGGUGUACCGGGCAAUCCCCUGGCAGUACCGCUCCGAUGCUGUUCAGGCUUUCAGGACGGCGAUGAAAGGGGGAGGAAUCAUCCUCAGUGAACCCAGAAGGAAAUACAUUGGGACUUGAAUUUAAUUGUUGUCGCUUGACUUUAUUAUUUUGUAAACCGUCUCAGUAAAGCUCACACUUGCAGCAUUGCUUUGCUCUGAAAGCGGCUCACAUCACGUUAGGCCAGCGAGGCACAUCAUAACAUGGCAACAUGAACAGAAUGAAAAUGAUCAUGUGAUGAAAGCGAGGACUGCUUGUCCCUGUGCUGUCUCUCUUGUUUUGGAUGUUAUGUUUAUAAAUGAUUUCUACUCUCAUAUAUUACUGAAUGAAUAAACAACCAAAACAG